GUCCUUAAGUCCAAUUAUUCUAAGUUAAUUUAUCAGAGAAUGUCUCACAGAAUGGGUUCAACAGACAUGAAGAUUGUUUUCAUUGUCUAAACUUUCAAUGAUGAUAAGAUUUUCUCUAUUUUUAUUUGUUUGAAACAACAAUGAUUAUUUGAAUUAUGUAAUAAUUCCUCUAAUAAAAACAACAGAUAAAUUAAUGAGUGAUGAUUUUAAAAUUGGAAGGAAUUUUAUCUCAAGAGCAGUGGGAUUUGGUGUGACGUUAUCAAGAUAUAUACUCGGUGACCUAGAAACUGCCGUGCUGUGAAAUUACUGUCAGUUCCUGGCACUCUUCUACCCGGGCUACAUCUCCUUUUGCUGAUAACUAGCGUUUUUAUUUUGUCCCAAAUUUCUCCUUUCAAUUAUAUCCAACAUGAUGAACUCAGGAAAACUGGCAGGGAAAACCCUUUUCAUUACUGGAGCUAGCCGAGGCAUUGGUAAAGCUAUAGCUCUGAAAGCUGCGAAGGAUGGAGCCAAUGUUGUUAUUGCUGCGAAGACUGCUGACCCUCACCCAAAAUUGCCAGGAACCAUCUUCACUGCUGCCAAAGAAGUUGAAGAAGCUGGAGGUAAAGCAUUACCUUGUGUUGUUGAUGUCCGUGAUGAGGGGCAGAUACAAAGUGCUGUUGACAACGCUGUCAAGAAAUUCGGUGGCAUUGACAUUUUGGUCAACAACGCCAGUGCUGUUUCUCUGUCACCUACAUUGAAGACAGAUAUGAAGCGUUAUGACCUCAUGAACAACAUCAAUACAAGGGGAACAUUUUUGGUAUCAAAGACAUGCCUGCCUCACCUGAAAAAGAGUUCAAAUGGGCACAUAUUGAAUUUGAGCCCUCCUCUCAACAUGGAUCCAUUUUGGUUCAAGGAUCAUGUUGCCUACACGAUAGCAAAGUACGGGAUGUCGAUGUGUGCCAUCGGCAUGGCAGAGGAGUUCAAGAGUGAUGGUGUAGCCGUCAACGCGCUCUGGCCUAAGACAACUAUCCAGACUGCUGCCAUCUCAAUGCUGAUGGGAGAUGAUUCUGACAAAGGUCGUAAACCUGAGAUUGUCGCAGACGCAGCUUAUGUCAUCCUGUGCCGCAGUUCGCGGUCGGUCACAGGGCAGUUCCUAAUCGACGAAGAUGUUUUGAGAGAGGCAGGAAUGACCGAGGAACAACUUGACAAAUAUGCCUGCAUUCCAGGUAACAAGGACUUAUUCCCCGAUUCCUUUUUGGAUGCGAACAACUACAAGUCUAUCUUCAAGAAGCACAGCCAGAUGAAGGGUGCUAGCCAAAAGAGGAUGAUGAGUACUCAGGCAGGAGAUGGUGGUAUUGAGGGAAUCUUCACUAAUCUCAAAGGAAAACUCAAUGCUGACAUUGUCGGUGCCACGCAAGCCAUCUUCCAGUUCAACCUCACAGCUGAUGGUAAAGAGGAAACAUACCAUAUUGACCUGAGAAACGGAGAGGGAAGUGCUGGUAAAGGCAAGCCAGCUGACAAACCCGACGCCACGCUUACCAUGAAUGCUGAUAAUUUCCAAAAACUGUUCGCAGGUAAGUUGAAACCUACUUCUGCAUUCAUGACUGGCAAGUUGAAGAUCUCCGGCAACAUGCAGAAAGCUAUGAAGCUUGAGAAAUUGUUGAGCUCAUUGAAAUCGAAAGCGUAAAUCAUCGAUGUAUAGGGUCACAGGCCAUGACAACCGACACCUUUCUAAACACUUCUGUGAUCUUUAUAUAGAGAGAGCCAAACUAUUUUUUUAUAUUUAUCAUCGUCGUGGCUUUUUAAAUUGAAAAAGCCUUAUCUGUAUUUUAUACAAGUUGUUAUUUUCUAUCCAGUUUUAUUCAGUUGUUGUUUAACAGUUAUAUUUAAUCUUAUUUUCAGUACUUAAAUCACUUUAUUUAUGUUAAUAGUUUUAUUUUUAAUUCUAAUCAGUUUUUAUUAUAACCGCAUACAGAUAAAAAAAAUUGUCACAUUUUUAAAUUAAUUAUUGUGCAAUUAGAGGAGACCUGCUCAAAGUAUUUAUCUCUCGUAGAGUUAUUUAAUUAAUUUUGUUAUAUUUAUACAAAUAGUUCAAAAUAAAAUUGUUUAUAUUAAACAUUGCCUUUUCUGUGUAUAUUAUUUUGUUAUUCAAGAUAUUAUUUUGCAUAAUAAAUGGAGCAGGGUAUCUUAGUGAGUAAGGCACUG